AAUAUAUCAAACGUACUGGGAUCCACACCUCUCACUUGCAACCGUUUUUCGUAGAAUCGAAUCUGCAAGGCAAACAUGUCGACGCGCAACAAACAAGGUGAAUAGUUUUGGAAGAGGUUGAACCUAGACAAUGCAGGUGGUGACGACACCAUCCCACACCAUAAUGGCGCGUCGCAUCAUCUUAGACCUGCCCGAGUUGACGAAGACAUUCCUCUGCAUCAAGCAUCUCACUGCAAUAACAGGAACAUCUUAAAAACCAUCACCUAUCGCGAGCAUCACACACCAUGGCUGCGCCCCCGAACAAAUCCCUACAGUCCCUUUCCGGCAAAUGGCAACUAAACAAAGCCUGCUCCGAUGACUUUGCCUCAGUCCUCGCACUGCAGGGCGUCAACGUCCUAGUCCGCAAGACAGCCACUGCAGCAUCCAUCCAUCUGAACAUCAGCCAGCCAGACAACCAACACAUCAAGAUGGCCCAGUCAAUCACGAGCGGCAAAAUCCCCGGUACAACCGAAGAGUACACGUUGGACUACGAGUGGCGUACCAAUAAGGACGGUUUCUUUGGUGAGGUAGCCGGAAGAAGUCAAUGGGUCAGCGUUGAAGAGGCGAGGCAGACGGGCGUAGUUGGUGAGGGCGAGGGUGACUGGAUUGAAGGAGAUAGCGAAGGGAAAUUGAUCCACGCAGAAGGGAAGAAGGAGGGCGAGUGGGAGGCUAGUCAUCUUUGGGGCUUCGAGGUUGUUGAUGGAGAGAGGAGACACACGAGACGUGUGAUGAUUAGCAAUAACAAAGGCGAGGAGCUGAGGGUAAGAAUGGUGUAUGACUUUGUAGGUGAAUAGCUUGUUAUGCCGCAACAAUCGGUGGAGCCAAAAUAGCAUGCGCGCAAGAUAUAUAUAUAUAUAUA